AUGAGGGUCGCCAUUCGUGAGCAGCUGGCCAUCCUCGUCAUCUUCGUUGUCCUCGCAUGCUUGAUUGCCGUCUCCGUUCCCACCUGGAGCUUUGUUUACAACUUUGUCGUCGGUGUCGAGACCUCCAGCCUCGCCCUCACGGCCUCGCUCAAGGCCACCCGCAUCAGCUCCGAGAUCAACCUGCUCCUCAUCAUCUGCCAGUCCGUUGCCAGCCGCCUCCUCCUCCAGGAGGCCUUUGUCGACUUUUACAAUGGAAACGCCACCACCAAUCCCUUCGACUCGGCCCGCAAAGACAUUACCAGUGCCAUGACUAAUAGCCAGGUCUCUGGCCUGCUCCAAGCGCGCAUUUAUUCUCGAAACAUCACUGGUGCUGCUGAUAAAGGCCUCCUCAACGUCACCGCCGCCGGCAUAGGCAAUCAGGAACGGAACAUUGCUCUCCCCUAUCUUACACCAGACGGCCAACGCGCAAACCUCAGCGAUACCCAAUGGGGGUACCCUCCCGAUCUCUAUCCCAACAUCACCUACCUGGCUACAGGUAAUCCCGUCAACGGCCUUCCGGACACACAAGCCUGGAUAGCGGAUGCUUUCCCAAACGUUAGAAUCAGCGACAAAGGAGGCCUGCUCCUGGGUCCUCUCAUAGUAAAUGAGACUUACGCCCUUAUGUCCCUGACCAUCCCCGUUCGAUCUAAUUAUAAUUCGCGAUACUUUCUUGGCUACAUGACACUUGUUGUGUCCGCAACCUCUCUUCUCGAGGUCCAGACCUCUCGCGAAGGCUUGGAUAAAUCGGGCAUGGUCCUGAUUGUUGGUCCCGCCCACGCCUCCAACAAGUUCUCUGGGACCACGACGCCCAACAAUGGCUCCCAAUCCCCUGAAAAGUUCGCUCUAGGCGCGGUCAAGGCACAUUUCGUGCUGCCACCCAUAACCCCUCAGGGGCAAGCUGACAGGCAUGGAAAUCGAGACUACGAGAGCGGUAAAUACACAAACACCGCCUUCAGCCUUUCGCAGUACGAAUCCGUACUCGAUGUAUACUACAAUAAUGCCACCCAGCUCAACAAUGCAACCGCCGACUUGUCCACCACAAACGAGCAGGGCAUCCCUGUAGCCGUCGGUAUUGCCCGUCCCCAGUCUGACCUCGUCAACUGGGCCGUGGUCGUGGAAAAGGCGAGGUCCGAAGCAUAUCAGCCAAUAUCCAAACUUCGGCUGAUUCUUCUCGCCUGCUCCUUUGGAACCGCAGGCCUUAUUCUUAUCCUCGUCAUCCCCUGUGCCCAUUUGGGUGUCAGGCCCAUCCGUCGUCUCAAAGAGGCUACCGAGAAGUCUAUUCGGCCUCCAGGUUACGAGGAUGAAUUUGAAGUGAGCGAUGGUGACGGACCAAGCUCCGGCGCGACUCGAACCACAACGUCCAGCAAAGGCCGAUUUUUUGCUCCUUUACGGCGCAGAUUUAGGAAAAAGAAGAAGCCAUUGACUGCAGCCGAGAUUGAGGCCCACCGACGAGUCUUCAGGAUUCCUGGACGAGUAGAGCAAGGAAAGCACUUUGUGACCGACGAACUCACUGAGCUCACCCAGACAUACAACAGUAUGACUGAUGAACUUUUAAAGCAGUACACGAUCCUGGAAGACAAGGUGGCUGAACGCACGCAUCAGCUUGAGAUUAGUAAAAAAGCUGCCGAGGCUGCCAACGAGAGCAAGACGCUCUUCAUCGCCAACAUCUCUCAUGAGCUCAAGACGCCCCUCAACGGAAUCAUGGGUAUAUGUGCCGUCUGUAUGGAGGAUGACGAUCUUAACCGCAUCAGAUCAUCGUUACGGACUGUGUAUAAGUCGGGAGACCUGCUGCUACAUCUCCUUGAAGAUUUGCUGAGCUUCUCCAAGAAUCAAAUCAGCCACCAAGUCAGCCUCGAGCGAAGAGAAUUCCGCCUCGGGGAUAUUAAGACACAGAUUGCGUCGAUCUUUGACAAACAAGCGAGGGAAAACAAGAUCCAGCUCUCUGUUGAUUAUCUCUCAUUUGAUAGUUUGCAAGGGCCAGCAGAAGCGCUGCAUCGCAGCCCAGACGAACGGUUACCAGCUUUGGGGCCACCUGGCAUGGGCCGGCUGAAGGAUGCGUACCUCAUGGGUGAUCACCACCGCAUUCUGCAAGUUAUCAUCAACUUGGUGGGCAACAGUGUCAAGUUCACCCCAGUGGGCGGCAAAGUGGCGCUGCGCAUACGCUGCCUGGGCGAGGUCGAACAGACCAGUAGUGAUGAGCUUAGCAGAAACUCGUCUCUCUCUCGGUCUCCGUCUGUUGCGCAGGCCUUGCGCACUCGAACGCGCGGCAACUCCAGCUCCGUUCACUCCAGCCAUUCAGCAACAGCAACAGCAACGGCUGUGAAGGACGGAACCGCCCUUGAGAUUAACCCCAUGGAGCCCAAGGUGACUCCGCGUGUCUCUGUGCGCGAGCGGUCCGUAUCACCACCGCCGAUCAAGUACAAAUCUUUCAUCUUCGAGUUCGAGGUGCAAGAUUCUGGGCACGGCAUUCCGGAACACAUGCAGACCAAAAUCUUCGAGCCGUUUGUUCAAGGCGAUUCUGGCCUGAAUAAGAAGUUUGGCGGCACAGGCUUAGGGCUGAGCAUCUGCGCUCAGCUUGUUAAGCUCAUGGGUGGUACCAUCGGCGUCAAGAGCGCACCCGAGCAAGGCUCUAUCUUUACCAUGCGGAUACCGCUUGAGUAUGUCAAGGACCGUACUCCGAGCACGGCCUCGUCGAGCAUCCGAUCUCGCUCUGCCAGCGUGGAUGAGACACAGCGUAAGUCACUCACGAGUAUGACGGUCAGCAACGGCACUUCAAGCGCCAGCCAUAGCGACCAAAAGCACAGCAGCAGUGGUGGUAGCGCCGGUAACACCGCCAACCACCUUCUCGAAAAUAAGCCGCGCCUCGUCGGCCUAAGCGUGCCGUUCUUCACCACGAAUGAGUCACCUCACACCGAUGCUAGCAAGAACUUUGGCACACGCGGCGCGCGUAGCACGGGUAGUAGCAAGCUCAAGGUUCUAGUAGCCGAUGAUAACGCGACAAACAUUGAGGUCGUCAGCCGCAUGCUCAAGCUCGAAGACGUCUACGACGUGACGGUGGCCAAGGACGGGCAAGAGGCGUACGAGCUGGUCAAGGAGAGCAUGUCGGGGUCGCCGCAGGCUCAGCAGAAGCAGUUUGACGUCAUCUUCAUGGACGUGCAGAUGCCUAAUGUCAAUGGCCUCGAGUCGACGCGCCUCAUCCGCAAGAUGGGCUAUGUCGCGCCGAUUGUCGCCUUGACGGCCUUUUCCGAGGAGAGCAACGUUCAGGAAUGCAUGGCGUCGGGCAUGAACGAGUUCCUGAGCAAGCCCAUACGGCGGCCAGCGCUGAAAAAGGUCCUCACAAAGAUCUCGACCAUUGAGGAAGAGGACCUGACGUUGCAGCCACCGCCGACGCCGCCACAGGGACUGCAGGUUUCGCCCCCGCCGACGCCCCCGACGACAGGUGGUGACGAGGUCAACGGCCUCGUGGACGAGGAGAAGACGAAGGCGGCCUGA